AUGUAUCUCUUAAAGAUAAAGCAAAUGUUGUAAGCUGUGUUUAUAAGCAGUGGUCCGUGUACAUUCUCUGAAACAGAACACAGUCACCAUGAAUGUUAGGUUGCUGGUCCUCGCAACGGCGAUAGUGCUUUGCAGCGCUGAACCACGAAAAUACGAUGGAUAUAAGCUACUUCGUAUCACCCCGACAAAUGAAAAUGAGAUCCAAAUGCUAACAAAACUGAAAUCAGUUAUUCAAGAUAAGGUAGAUUUCUGGAAAGACAUCCGAGUGGCAGGAUCACCCGUGGACAUCAUGGUUCCUCCGCAAAUGGUAGCAACCGUGUUGGCCAUCACUAAAGAGUACAACUUGAUCGUUGAUAUCGUUAUAGAAGAUAUCCAGCCCCUCAUUGACGACCAGAUGCGUCACAGUCGUGAGAUGAGUGCUAAAGGAAUUAUCGGUGGUGGCGGUUCUUUCGACUACAAAGUAUACCAUACAUUAGAUGAGAUCAACGCAUGGAUUGAUGAUAUUGUGUCUGAAUACCCCACACUGGCGUCUAAAGUGAGGGUGGGGAGCUCAUACGAAGGUCGUAGUAUUUACGCAUUGAAGCUCGGUUCUGGAAAAGAUAAACCGAUUGUUUGGCUUGAGGGUGGCAUUCAUUCACGCGAAUGGGUUUCCCCAGCAACAAUGAUGUACAUGACCCAUAAGGUAAGAAAUCAAAGGUUAUUUUGAAGUUGUUGAUGAUAAUGAUAAUGAUAAUUAUAACU